AUGAAAACACUAAGUUGGAACUGCCGACGGCUUGGCAACCCUCGGACAGUUCAUGACCUUUGCCAUUUGGUAAAGGAGAAUGGGCCAAAUGUGAUCUUUUUGAUGGAAACAAAAUUGAGGGGUGAAAAGUGUGAUAGCAUAAAUAGAAGGGUGAGAAGUGAGGGGUGUUUUGUAGUAGAUCCAGAAGGAAGGAAAGGGGGUCUUAUGCUUCUAUGGGACCAAUCUGUGGAGUUAGAGAUACUGAAUUACUCAAACAGACACAUUAAUGCUUGGGUCACAAAUGAGGAAGGGAAUGAGAGAUGGUUGCUAACUGGUUUUUAUGGGCAACCAGAAACCAGUUUAAGGGAAGAAGCAUGGAAGUUGUUGGCUUCUCUAAGACUCAAUGAUGGGGUGGGUUGGUGUGUGGUGGGGGAUUUUAACGAAAUCUUAACACAUGAUGAGAAGGUGGGAGGGAAACAAAGGCAAGAGAAGCAAAUGAAUAUGUUCAGAAAUGUACUAGAAAGGGGAGGCCUUUUUUAUCUGGGUUGGAGGGGAGACAAAUUUACUUGGAGUAACAAGCAUGAUAAUGAGACUUUCACUAAGGAAAGGCUUGAUAGGGCAGUAGCCAACUUAAGAUGGAAGGAGAUUUAUAAAGAAGGGUGGGUAGAGGUGUUAACAGCAAAAUGUUCAGACCAUAAACCCCUUUUGCUGAGUAUGAACCAGGUACUUUCAAUAGCAUGGAGGAGGAGGAGGAUGUUUAGAUAUGAGGCUAGAUGGUCUCUUGAGGAAGAUUGUGAGGAAGUCAUAAAAAAUGUUUGGACCACGAGGCAAGCAAGGGGAGAUUCAGCCAAGUCACUUCAGAAGUUGCUGGAAGACAGCAAAGGAGCCUUUGUUAAAUGGAACAAGCAUUUAGAGAAUGACAAGGGCAAAAUAUUGAAAGAAAAAACAUAA